AUGGCGCUGGCAGAGUCGUCCACGUCCACCCAGUACUUCCAAGGCAAUGUCGCCAGCGGUAAUGCAAGAGUGCAAUAUGGCAACGUCCAUCACCACUAUGCUGAACGUACGGAGCUCGAGCAGCAGCAAAGGACUAUCAAAAUCAGGGUCGAUCGCGCUCGAGACGUGAGAGACACGAUCAAUGACACUAUCAAUUGGCUUGCUGCUCCUGAUGCGAGCUUUACUCAUCACGAAUCUUACAAGAAACACGAACCCGGGACCGGGAGAUGGUUUCUGGACGGCGAAAAGUUUUCGAGCUGGCUAACAGCAGCUUCUCGCAUUCUGUGGCUGCACGGCAAGGCUGGAUGCUGCAAGACAACUCUGUGUUCCAUGGUCAUCGAGCACAUCUCGCGUCACUUAUCAGGGAAGCAAGGCAUUGGCUUUGCCUACUUUUAUUUUUCAUUCCGUGAUGUUGCAAAGCAAAGCUACCAAGCCUGGCUGCUCUCCACUAUAUCUCAGCUACUUUUCGCCACCUGGAAGAAGGCAGACGGCAUAUUCAAGCUCCUUGAAAGCCGAGCAGCCAUACUGAACAGCAGACAAGAGGACGACGGGCCCCAUCCUGACAUUCUAGACUGGCCAGUCGACAAGUUGGAUAUAGCGCCCGUGUACGACGAUCUCCGAGCUGCACGUGCACGAAAUCAUAAGCACCCCAAGGACCUCGAAUUCAUACUCCACGAUCUCCUCUCCUGCAAAGAAUCGGCGUAUCUUGUGCUGGACGGUCUGGAUGAGAGUCCUGAAACUGGCGAUCUAAGGAAGGAUGUCAUGGAAGGUUUGAAAAAGACUGUUGAUGAACAUGAACAUGUCAAAAUGCUUAUUACCAGUCGCCAAGAGUCCGAUAUCGAGGUUUUCAUGAGUCAGCUUUGUGACAGCAUUGUCGCGAUUGAGGUAAAGCCGGUCAACGACGACAUCAUGCGUUAUGUCAACACGGAGAUGGAAAGACACCAAAAGCUGUCGUCUCUUGAUCAAAGCACGAAGAAUGAUAUCAAGUGCACGCUUGCCGAGAAAGCGGAUGGGAUGUAA